AUGUCUGUUUACCUGGACUCUAGUAACUGGACUCUUAGUGCAGGUGGACUGCUGAUCCUUGCACAUCUGUUUACGUUAAAACGCUGGAGGGAACCUAAGGAAGAAAGGCGUCCAUGGAGAAUAUGGUUUUUUGACACCUCUAAACAAGCCAUUGGUGCUCUCUUCAUUCAUUUCACAAAUGUCUUUCUCUCGAAUCUGACCGAACAGGACCCUUGUUCCUUGUAUUUGAUGAAUUUUUUACUGGAUGCUACACUUGGAAUGUUUGUUAUAUGGCUGAAUGUAAAAUUUGUAUCGGCAAUUGUGGAGCGGAGGCAGUGUACUUUACUUGUAUUUGGUGAAUAUGGGGAACCUCCGCAGGCUGCAGCAUGGCUAGGCCAGUGUGGGCUGUAUCUCUUAAUAAUGAUUGUUGAAAAGACCGUAAUAAGCCUUGUUCUGCUCAUCCCAGGAUGGACAAAGCUUCAGGAAAUUCUGCUGGACUACAUUCCAGAUCCAAAGUUGGAGCUUGUCCUGGUUAUGCUGGUGGUGCCUUUUAUAGUCAAUGCUAUAAUGUUUUGGGUAGUGGACAGUUUAAUAAUGAGAAAAAGUAAAAGAUUGGGAGUGGAUAAUGGUCUAAAACACAGUGAAGAUGCCCAUGGUUUACCAUCAGUAGUUGAUGAAGAAACACAGGUUUUGCUCGGACCGUCACCUGUUCGUACAUAUUGCUAACAUGGCUGUUAUCAGUUCAAUUCUUUAUGGAACACUUUGCUGCUUGUGAACACUUUUGGGAUCAAUUCUCUGAUAUUAUUAUUACAAAAAAACAAUAAAUGCACAUGAAUAAUUUUGAUAUUGCAAGAAUAAUUCGGCAAUACUAUUCGGAACAUGCAAUGAGUGAAGGACAUUGAGAGCACAGUAUCUCCACAGUGGCAUUUAACAUUUGAUAAGGCUCAGAGACUCUUACCUUUGUGUUUAAUUGUUUAUUAUGUGAUAUUCAUUGACUUUUUCAUUGCACUAAAGUCUGGCUUGAUGACUUCUUGACAGGAGUAAUGGAAGGCACUAUAUCAGAGUGUUAGGGCUUGUCCACACUACAGACAUUCUGCUUAGAAUUGCAAAGAGGAAAUUCCGAGUGGAUUCCACUUGCAGCAGCCACCUGCUCAUUUCAGCUGCUGCUUAGUUCACACAUAGCAGAAUUUCCAAUGAGAAAUUUGAUUCAGCCAAAAGAGUAAUCAUGUUCAUUCUAUAGGUAGAAUCUGCCCACAAAAGCCCAUCAGUCAAUGGGAAUUUUAAUUUCAGGGGUUAAUUUUGGCAGCAAAUUCUGCACAAAAUUAGCAACAAUUUUUGGUGGCUUGGAUCCACUUGGGAAAUUCAGCGUGAAAUUUCCUCAGUGGGAACAUACACUUAUGGACACACUUAAAAUAUGUUGCUGUUGCCUAUAAAAAAAAAAUCCUUAAAUAUUCAAUGUCUGAACUGUCCAAUUCUUCUUUGUAUGUAAAGCUUUGUUUACAAUGGUAUUGUAGUUCUGUCAUGUUCAACUGACUCUAGUCUGCUGCUGUGCUAACUGAUAAAAAAAUGGAAACCAUAACCCAGUGUGAGAGCCUAGAGAAAGUGCUUUAUUUUUUUUGUUCAAAUUUAUAUUUGUAUCUAUUUUAUAUGAAAAAAAUAAAUAACCUAACCAAAAUAUUACUAUA